AUGUGGGACAAAGACACCCUGGCUCGCCAGCGGCAUGUGCAUCCGGAGCGGUUGUACGUCGCGUUCGCCCAGGCCUGUGGCGAGUUGGUGACCUUUACCGAUGACCGGCAUCUGCCUGAGGAAUACCCGGCUUAUCAACACGACCAGUUGCGUGAAUCCUUCAAGACCCUGGAAGAAACAUUGCGCCGUUCUCUGGGCACGGUGCUGCAACCUCGCGCGGUGUCGCUGCCGAUCGUGAAACAGGAGUACGGCGUGCAAGCCGCCGCCCUGCACGACCGACGCCUGCUGGAAAACGCCGAAUUCAUCCUGGCGGUACGGGCGAAGAUGCCGCCGGAGCAACUGCGCCAGCAGUUCCUGCAACAGACCGAGGUCAGCUCCACGGAAAACCUCCGGCAAGCUGGUCAGUUUGCAACUGCCGGGCAUUGCGCUGCUGCCGCUGCCGGUGGCGCUACCGGCACCUGCCGUUUCAUGCCGGCUUCAGUUAUUUCCAACUGGAUCGCCACCACCCCGACUGGCAAAGCC